UAUGACCGCCAGUCCGCUGCUCUAACCACUGGGCCAUUGCGCCUCCACACGUAGUGACAUUAUACUGAUAAGAUUGUAACAAUAAUAAAUGCAUUAAUAAAACUUCUCUUUUUUAACAGUGAAUGCAACAUCACGAAGUUGGAGUGUAGUGAACGACAAUGUGGAACUCGAAUGAUGGGCUCUAUUGAAUCCAGUGCAAUGAGCAAUAGUGGACAAUUCGCUUUGGAUGGAGAAUGGCCCUGGUCUGCGUCAGUCCAUAAGCAAUAUACAUCCCCUUGGGACACGUAUUCGUUUUUUAAAAUCCCUGCAGUAAUAAUCGACAGUCACCAUGUCCUUCUUCCUCAUUACUCCCUGGAUACAUCGCUUGAGAAUAUAUUUAUAAAAACUGGAUCGACUUGGAAAAAUCGUGGAGAUGAAUAUGAUGUGGAUGAAAUCUGGACAAAAAAAGUGAACACAGUUUAUAAUAUUACAAUUCUUCACGUGAAGGACGAAAUCAAGAUGUCACGUUCUGUACAGCCAAUUUGUUUGCCAGAACACUCUAUGCCCAGUGAUGGGAACUGUUUUGCUAUUGGAUUCGGGGAUGAUUCAAAUCGCUUGGAAGAGAAAAAAGUUAAAAAAGUAGAAUCUUCAAUCUGCAAGAAGCAUUUUUCAUAUAGUGGAAACAAUACAUUCUGUGUCAACGAUAAACACGACGAUCCACCAGGCUGUUCUUUUUAUGGCGGUGUUUCGUUGGAUGUUAGCUGUUACGUAUUUGAAAACAGUUAGGGAAAACGCAUUUUA